UACUGUUUACACUCUUGCAUUUACUUUUGGAUAUCGCCCAUCACCUUGGUCGUUCUUACUCACAAUGCCACGAAGUCUCAGGUCUACAACGGGCAGAUCUCGGUUGCAACCCAAACCUAAGAUGCAGCCCCAAACGAAGAUUCAUGCUCAUGCUCACACUCGUACAUCUGCUCAUCGCUACGCCCGUACUUUCGAGAUCCUGCCCGUCGAGAUCAGGCAACUCAUCGCAGACCAUUUCGAAGACGACAAAGAUGUGGCAUCCUACAGACUCAUUUGCAAAUCAACCAACUAUUCUAUCGAUGAAGACGAAGGCUCAUUCUGGCGCACACAAUUUCUGAACUCCUACGACCCUCCCGAGAGCGUGCCAGAAGGAUAUCGUUCCACCGUCAACGAAUGGUUCAAACAGCAAUACCAAUCUCGCAAGCGAGCCGAGGGCCAGAAAUUCGUUUUCGACAGUGGAAACAGUGAAGAGGAGGCCAACUGUCUCGUCUUGUUCAAGGAUCUGCUCAUCGACACCUUCAACACUAGCGUCUGCAAGGCAAAGAAGCAGUCUGUUCACUCUCCGAACAUGGAUCGUAUCGAAAGAAUCGCCAAAGCCAAGGGCCUGCUAGACUGCGUCCUCCGCCGACCUACCACUCGAGCCAACAAGUCUCCAACAAACCCUGUCCUUCUCGCCAUACAGCUCAUCCUCACCCACCUAUCCUUGACUGCCCCAUUGAGCUCGAAGAUGGCUAAAGUCUGGGGCUUCCCCGAUACGCAGGCCGUGGUGUAUUUGCCGAACUCGAGUCGCCCCAUUUUCAAAGGACCUACCUGUCAGGAGGUUGACAUUGAUUGGACACUGCAUGUUGCCAGCUUCUUCAGAAACUACCUGCUGAGCAAGCAGGAGCCCACUCACAUACACUAUGAGAACCUAGACAGAUUUGAGCGUCCACAAGGCUGGACUAAGCCACUGUCGACCAGUCCGCUGAAGCUAGGCAAGCACUGGAAAGGCACUUACGCAUACGUUGAUCACGACGAGAUUGCUCAGAUACGGUCUGGCUUUCACGAAGAUUAUCCAGUUCAAGACCACAUGUGUGGUGAGGAUACUGCCGAAACCUUCCAGGACCUCCGCCUCGGUUUUCCCAAAGGUCAGCUCGAGUUCUGGCCGGACAUCUUUGAACACAUUCUCAAGUCUCGCGCCAAGAUCGAGUACCGCACACCCACCACGCGCGCUCAGAAACGCGCCACUGGCCCUGACGCCCUACCCGAAGGUGAACCUGUCUCGUUCUGUUUCAAAGGUGGCGGCGAGGACGCCAGCGAGAAGUUCCAGGCAUCAGGUUGGUUCAAUCCCUUGCCGCCUCAGCACGGGAUUCCUGGAUGGCACCGUAUGACCAUGAUGAAAUACUACAUUGAUGAGUCUAGCGGUCAGCCAGAUCUCGACUCUCUGUGGGCAUACGAGGGUGUUGUCUUGCCUGGAGGUAUGGUCAUGCUCGGACGCUGGUGGAGCCCUACCUUCGACGACGGACCCGAGUACUCAGGCCCCUUCAUCUUCUGGAACGUUGACGCCAGCAUGCCCGCCAUUGCCGAUGACACUCAAACCACUGGAUAGGCUCAGAGAUCAUCUUGGGAUAAGUACCCGACAGCAUGAUCAAAACAUAGCAAAAUCAGAUGGAGACCCAACACGAUCUUUACGACUACAUGACAUAUUCUUAUUCUCCCGGAAAGGCCAAAAGGCUACCGCGGUAUUUAUUCUCUUUCAGGAUGCUCACUCUCCCUUGGGUUCAUCGACACUCAGGAGGAAAGGAGGAAUUGUGGUUACCGCAGACUCUUUCCAGCAUUUGCGUUGUAUUCUUAUAGUUGUUCACCAUAAGAAAGCCC